ACUGUCCGACAUCCCGGCCCAGAAAACAUGAAACAGUUACUGAUCUUACUGGCUGUACUCUGCGCUGGUCAUGCUGAAGAAAAAGAUCUUUCAGGGAAGGUUUUUACUUUCCCAGUUCAAAGUGCAACUUCUUCUGUUCAGCUCAUUGCCAACGUUGAGCAGCCCCUCACCGUUUUGACCAUGUGCAUGAGGUUUUUCUCGUCACUUACCCGAGCUCAGUCGCUGUUCUCACUGGACAUCCCGUCUCAAUCUAACGCCUUCCUGCUCUUCAAGCUGUCUGUGGGUGUGUACAGACUGCACGUCAAUGGGGCUACACUCAAAAUAAGUGGACUGCCCGAUGACAUCAAUGAAUGGAACUCUGUCUGCUGGACGUGGGACUCCACCAGUGGCUUGACAGCUCUGUGGGUCAACGAAAAGCGCAGUCCUCGGGCAAUCAUGGGUGCCAAAGUAUCUCUCACAGGGGUUCCCAGCAUCAUUUUGGGUCAAGAUCAAGAUACUUAUGGUGGAGGCUUUGACCAGAGUCAGUCCUUUGUUGGGGAAAUUUCAGACGUCCACAUGUGGGACAAAGUCAUCUCUCCGUGUGAAAUUAGGUUUUAUAUGGAUGGUAGCGGCUUCACCCCCGGCAACCUUCUCAACUGGAAGAACCUAAGGUUCUCCACCACGGGCACUGUGUACGAGGAACAAAGCGACUUCAAUAAGCUGUCAUGUUUUUAGCUUAUUUAACUGGCAACUAGAAUGCAAAGCUAAACCAAAU